AUUACCAAUCAAUUAAACGAACCGUUGUAUCAUAUCAUUGUUUGUUCAAGUGCUGUAGAUUGAUUUAUGUACUAUGAAAUGCAUAUCACAAUAUUGCAAAGCAUACUGUUGUAUGGCGUCAAACGGUUUAGUGUAAAAACCAUGAAGCCAACAAUACGAGUAUUGUUAUCAAGCGCAACGAUUUUUGGAUAUUUAAAACUAACAUUUGCGUUGCAUUUAAAUAUCCAGAAACCCGAUACAGUUUUGAUAAGUGUGCCAUUCGACCAAUUGCAAAGUAUUAAAUGGCUAGAAAAUCCUAAUUAUAUGAAAUCGACAUGUGGGACAUUCAAAGCUUAUAACACCGACACGAUAAAAAAAAUUGCUGGCAGAUGGUAUACCACUCACAUGUCAUCAAUUCCAUCAACCACGGAUCAUUGUAGUCAAUUUACAAAUAUUAGAAGUCCGUGCAAAUGUAUUGGAAUAGAUUUUACAAUAGCUAUGAAAGAAAAUAUUAUUUCAUUUGUCACGUUUUCUACGAACACACUAGAAAAUUCUGUAACAUAUGAAAUGGCAACGGCUUCAUUCAUCGGAAAUACACAAUUAAACAUGAAUGAAAUAAUACUACGAAUUGUUUCUUCAGGUUUCUUGGUAAAAUCAAACGCUAAAAUGAAAGGACUUGAAGGUUAUAUAAUUCCACGCGGUGUUAUCAUUGAUUCUGAUGAUUUUAAAUCGUACAUGAUCAUGGUGUUCUGCAAAGAAAAGGCGAAAGAACCUAUUGUUAUGAUUCUCGUAAAUGCGCUUCCCAUAUCUGAAAGAAUCAUAAACAUAACUACAAACUAUUUAAAAAACAAUAAGAUCAAAACAAAGUUAUCUGAAAUCAGUCACAAAAAUUGCAAGUAUGGUAAAAAUAUUGUAGGAUACUAGCCAUAUUAAGAACCAUAGUAAAAUUGUAUUUUUUUUUAAAUAAAUUUAUUUAAAAUAUUUGAAUUGUUAAAUUAUUGAAAUUAUGGAAUUGUUGUGAUAUAUAUAAUUUAAAAUCACGAAAAUACAUUUGUUUUUAAUUUAAACA